AUGCUAGCCAAGAAUGUGGCAAUUGCUGAAGAAGAAUUGAAUGCAAAAGUAGCUCUCCUACCAGAGAAGCAACGUGAGGCAACUGUGCACAUAUUCAAAGCUUCGUCACGGAAGAGUACUAAAGGCAUGAUGUUCUCGAAUGAGUGGGUGCUCGAAUGUUUGAUUAUGAAGCUGAAAAGUGCGAAGUUGUAUGAGCAUUUGAGACGGGAAAAAAUCUUAGUCCUCCCUAGUAAGACUACACUUCGCAAAUAUUUGAAAUGUUACAGAACUGGGUUUGGAUUCAGCCACAAAAUUUUUGAUGUGCUGAAACAAAAGACAAGCACUAAGGACGAGUUUUCAUGUCACGGAGGCCUCAUCGUGGAUGAGAUGAAACUCUCGGAGCACCUGUCGGUAAACAGUGAGGGCCACAUUGAUGGCUUCGUCAACUUGGGUCAAUUUACGUCUGACAAAGAUAAGCACACUGUAUGUGAUCAUGGCAUGGUAGUAAUUUUUGUGCCCUUUGUGGGAAAGUGGACACAAAUACUCGCUGCAUUUGCAACCCAUGGAAACGUAAAUGGGGACCUGCUGACAAAGAUCAUGCUUGAAGCUGUCAUUUUAGCUGAAAAGGCAGGACUCAAAGUUGAUUUUAUUACGUCCGACGGUGCCACUUGGAACCGGAAGAUGUGGUCUUUAAUGGGCAUCAAAGCAUCACUGACAGAAACAAAGUGCAGCACAUUGCAUCCAGUGGACCCAACGUGCAAACUUCAUUUUUUGUCAGACUUUCCCCACCUGAUUAAGUGCCUGCGGAAUGGACUGCUGAGGUCAGACUAUGAAACACCCGACGGCCGGGUAAGUUGUUGGUGGUCUCCUUGAAUACCAUGCAGUUUUAUUAAUACACUUAGUAUCUGUUUGUUUCUAACAGUUGCUCACUUUGAUAUUCCUUCCAGGUAUCUUUGCAAUUUGUCUGCAAAGCUUUGGCACUGGAUGGUUCCAGCGUAACAUUGCAGGCAAUGCAUGGAAUUACCGGAAGCCACACAAACCCCAACAAUUUUGAAAGGAUGAGGGUAUCGUUGGCUUUUCAACUUUUUGGAGAAAAAGUGAUUCAUGGACUACAGCUCUACAAGAAUGGAAUUGAGGAUACGUGUGGUGACAUCACACCUACACUGAAGUUUUUCAAGAUCAUCCAUAACCUUGUGCAAGUCAUGACAUCACGAUUCCCAGCUGAAGCUCUGCGCCCAAACUCAGUAUCUGUUGACAAGCUGCGGUCGUUUCAAGAGUUUCUGUCAUCGUGGGAAGUCCACACGAAGGGACAGAAAGGGUUCUUGAGCCAGUCUACAGCCACAGGGCUGCGAGUGACAGUUUCAAGUGUGCUUUCUCUGCUUCAGUACCUCACUGAGAAACUAGGCUACAAGUACCUUAUGACGUCCAGAGGAAGCCAAGAUCCUGUUGAGCAUGUUUUUGGUAUUGUCAGGCAGUCAUCUGGAUGUAAUACACAUCCAACACCACAGCAGUUCAUUACCACCGUAAACUGCUUGAGCUUCAACAAUCUUGCCCACUCAGUGUCAAAGGGCAACUGUGAGCCUGCAGUUCUGCACGCCCUUUUGCCCGCAAAUUCUGGCACCGACAAUUUUUCAUCUGGGAAACAGCACCUGAAGGA